CUGCUCAGUCCUCGCGGCGUCUCUUCGCAGUCGCCUGGAAUCCUGUUGCUUGGCGGCCUGUGCGCGCGUGCGCGGACAUGGCUUCAAACGACUAUACCCAACAAGCAACUCAAAGCUACGGAGCCUAUCCUACCCAGCCUGGGCAAGGCUACUCCCAACAGAGCAAUCAGCCCUAUGGCCAGCAGAGUUACAGUGGUUAUGGCCAAUCAGCUGACACUUCAGGAUACGGUCAGAGCAGCUAUGGUUCUUCUUAUGGACAGACCCAAAACACAGGCUAUGGAACUCAGUCAGCUCCCCAGGGAUAUGGUUCCACUGGUGGCUAUGGCAGUAGCCAAAGUUCCCAAUCUUCUUAUGGGCAGCAGUCCUCCUACCCUGGCUAUGGCCAACAGCCAGCUCCUAGCAGCACCUCAGGAAGUUAUGGUGGCAGUUCUCAGAGCAGCAGCUAUGGGCAGCCCCAGAGUGGCGGCUAUGGUCAACAGUCUGGCUAUGGUGGACAGCAACAAAGCUACGGACAGCAACAAAGCUCCUAUAACCCACCUCAGGGUUAUGGACAACAGAACCAGUACAACAGCAGCAGUGGAGGUGGUGGAGGGGGUGGUGGAGGCAACUAUGGCCAAGAUCAAUCCUCUAUGAGUGGCGGCGGUGGCGGUGGUGGUUAUGGCAAUCAGGACCAGAGUGGUGGCAGCGGUGGUGGCUACGGGGGAGGCCAGCAGGAUCGUGGGGGCCGAGGCAGGGGCGGUGGAGGUGGUUACAACCGAAGCAGUGGUGGCUAUGAACCCAGAGGCCGUGGAGGAGGCCGAGGAGGCAGAGGCGGCAUGGGCGGAAGUGACCGUGGUGGCUUCAAUAAAUUUGGUGGUCCCCGGGAUCAAGGAUCUCGUCAUGAUUCUGAACAGGAUAAUUCAGACAACAACACCAUCUUCGUGCAAGGCCUAGGCGAGAAUGUGACAAUUGAAUCUGUGGCUGAUUACUUCAAGCAGAUUGGAAUUAUUAAGACAAACAAGAAAACUGGACAGCCUAUGAUUAAUUUGUAUACAGACAGAGAAACUGGGAAGUUGAAGGGUGAGGCAACAGUCUCAUUUGAUGACCCACCUUCUGCAAAAGCAGCUAUAGACUGGUUUGAUGGUAAAGAAUUUUCUGGGAAUCCUAUUAAAGUUUCAUUUGCUACCCGCCGAGCCGACUUCAAUCGGGGUGGUGGAAAUGGUCGUGGAGGCCGAGGGCGAGGAGGACCGAUGGGCCGAGGAGGCUAUGGAGGAGGUGGCAGUGGUGGCGGUGGUCGGGGAGGAUUCCCCAGUGGAGGUGGUGGAGGUGGAGGACAGCAGCGAGCUGGGGACUGGAAGUGUCCUAAUCCUACAUGUGAGAACAUGAACUUCUCUUGGAGAAAUGAAUGCAACCAGUGUAAGGCACCUAAGCCAGAUGGCCCAGGAGGGGGACCAGGAGGUUCUCAUAUGGGGGGAAGCUAUGGAGAUGAUCGACGUGGCAGAGGAGGAUAUGAUCGUGGCGGCUACCGGGGCCGAGGCGGGGACCGUGGGGGCUUCAGAGGGGGCCGGGGUGGUGGGGACAGAGGCGGUUUUGGCCCUGGCAAGAUGGACUCCAGGGGCGAGCACAGACAGGAUCGCAGGGAGAGGCCAUAUUAGCCUGGCUCCUGAAGUUGCAGAACUCUUCCUGUACCCAGUGUUACCCUUGUUAUUUUGUAAACUUACAAUUCAGGAUCGCUCAUGGAUAUUUUCUGGGGGGGGCAGUGUGUGUGUAUGUGUGUGUGUCAGACUACCCUAAUUGUAACCAUAUCUCUGGUUCCCAUUAAAAACCAUCAUUUUAGUUAAAUUCUGGUUCCCCCAGUUUACUUUCUGAAGAAUGGAUCCAUGUUAUUAGUGUGGGGUAAUAUUACCCCUAGAAACUGUCUUGCACAGCAAGAAUUGGAAUAAUUUGUUCCUACCUAGCAGGAAGUAGGAUAAAGUAAUCUUGGUGCAGGAGAGAAAAGACAAUUUUUCUUGAGUGGUUUCUAAGAAAAGUAUUUUCUCAAGAAAGGGACCAUACAUUCAAUGGUCUAAGUGGAUCGAUCACCUUUACAUCUUGCCUAAAUCCAGCUGUCUGUAGAUCAUUUGAAAUUCGAUGCUUUGAACUCCAUGGUGUUUCAGAUAGAAUUAGAAUUAUGGAAAAUUAAUAUAGCCCUGACCUUAAUAAAAUUCUGCUUCCUGGGUACUAGGAUUAAAGGUGUGUGCCAUUCCUGGCUACAAUUCUUUUAAGGAAAGUUGAACAAUAAAGGGAAACUGGUAAAGUCAGUCAUUGGGUGGUGAAGCCUUUUUACUUAUUAUGUUUAAUAACUUUCCCAUAUUUGGCAACCACUUCAAAUUAGUAUGUAGAACCGAAAACUAGCCAUGAAUGGCGUACAGUGGUAAUCCCAGCAUUGGGGAGGUAGGAUUUCCAGCUUGAUUGAGCUACAUAGUAAUAAUACCCUGUCCCAAAGCUAACCUAAAUCAGUUGGGUGUGGUUAUGGAUUCCUAUAUUCCUGGUACUUCGGUGUGGAGGCAGGAGGAUCAGAAGUUCAAGGCCAGGGCUGGAGAGAUGGCUCAGUGGUUAAGAGUGUUAGACAAGAGUUCGCAGUGUCUGCACCUUGAUUUAUUUUGAACAGGGACUCAGUUGUACAGGCUGGUAUUGAAGUCACUGUACCACAGGUUGGCUCUGGAUUCAUGAUUUUCUUGCCUCAGCUUUUUUGAAUGGCUGGGAUUCUAGCAACUUUUAUACAUUGCAAAUGCUACUGAAUUAUUGCAAACAGUUUCAUCUUUUUGUUACAGGUGCUUGUAAUUGAACUCAUACCUAUGAGUGCUGUUUUUAUAUACACAUUCAUGCACAUACAUACAUGCCUUUUAAAAAACAUAUAAAUUUUUUUUUUUUAAGAUUUUAAUUAUUUUUUUGUGUAAGAGUACACUGUAGUCCUUCAGACACACCAGGAGAGGGCAUCGGAUCCCAUUACAGAUGGUUGUGAGCCACCAUGUGGUUGCAGGGAAUUGGACUCAGGACCUCUGGAAGAGCAGUUGGUGCUCUUAACCUCUUGAGCCAACUCUCCAGCCCCCUUCUCUCCCCCCCCCCCAUUUUUUUUUUAAUGAGAUACGGUUUGUACACCUAAUCCUAGGACUGGGGCAGAAUCACUGAGUUCAAAGUCAGCCUGGUUGUAGGCCAGCCAGGCCUAUGUAGUGAGCCACUGUGUUCUAUCUCCUUUGAGUAUGCUGGUGCACAUGGUUAUGUGUGGAAAUGAGAGGAAAUGUAUGUUAUUUCAGUUGCUCUAGUGGGGUCUAGGAGUUGAAAUGGCAUCAGGUUUGAUAGCAAGAACACUUAGCUGUCCUUACCUGACACAUUUGUAAAACCAUGUUCUUUGAUGAACAGCUGUGCUCGUAUUUUUCCCUGUGCAAAGUAGCAUAUGAGCAUUAA